GGUGGCACGUCCCCUUUAAUGCCCCCCCAGCACCCCUCCCUCCUUCCCUUGCAGGCAGACUCCGGGAUUGCGCUGCCUGCCCAGUCAGCUUGGGGUGCGCAGUCUCGGAGCGCGCGGGCCGCUCGGCGGGGCCCUAUGGGCAGCAUGGUGUGCGCUCGGGAGGCCCUGGGUCCCCGCGCGCUCUGGGCUGCGGCGGCCUGCAGUGUCCUGCUGCUCAUGGUCCCCACGGGAGCGCAGCGCGGCAGGAAGAAGGUGGUGCAUGUCCUGGAGGGUGAGUCGGGGUCGGUGGUGGUACAGACGGCCCCCGGGCAGGUGGUCAGUCACCGCGGUGGCACCAUUGUCUUGCCCUGCCGUUACCAUUAUGAGGCGACCGCCCACGACCACGACGGCGUCCGUCUCAAGUGGACCAAAGUGGUGGACCCGCUGGCCUUCGCUGACGUGUUCGUGGCGCUGGGCCCCCAGCAGCGGGCGUUCGGCAGCUACCGCGGGCGGGCCGAGCUGCAGGGCGAUGGGCCUGGCGACGCCUCCCUGGUGCUGCGAAACGUCACGCUGCAGGACUACGGCCGCUAUGAGUGCGAGGUCACCAACGAGCUGGAGGACGACACGGGCAUGGUCAAGCUGGAUCUGGAAGGCGUGGUCUUCCCUUACCACCCGCGCGGGGGGCGCUACCAGCUGACCUUCCGCGAGGCGCAGCGCGCGUGUGCGGAGCAGGAUGGUAUCCUGGCGUCGGCCGAGCAGCUGCACGCGGCCUGGCGCGAUGGGCUGGACUGGUGCAACGCGGGCUGGCUGCGGGACGGCUCGGUGCAGUACCCGGUGAGCCAGCCCCGGGAGCCCUGCGGUGGCCGAGCCGGCCCAGGGGGCGCCGUCGGGGGCGUGCGCAACUACGGCUACCGGCACGACGCCCGCGAACGCUACGACGCCUUCUGCUUCACGUCCAACCUGGCCGGCCGCGUGUUCUUCCUGAAGCCGCUGCGGCCAGUGCCCUUCGCGGGAGCCGAGCGCGCGUGUGCGGCGCGCGGCGCGGCCGUGGCCAAGGUGGGGCAGCUGUUCGCCGCGUGGAAACUGCAGCUGCUGGACCGCUGCACGGCUGGCUGGCUGGCCGACGGCAGCGCGCGCUAUCCCAUCGUAAACCCGCGCGCACGCUGCGGCGGGCCCCGGCCCGGCGUCCGCAGCCUCGGCUUCCCCGACGCCACGCGCCGCCUUUUCGGCGUCUACUGCUACCGCGCGCCCGGCGCACCCGACCCCGCACCCGGCGGCUGGGGCUGGGGCUGGGCGGGCGGCGGCGGCUGGGCAGGCGGAGCGCGGGACCCCGCCGCCUGGACCCCGCUGCACGUCUAAGCGUCCGCGGCGCUGGCGGCUGGGGCGCUGAGAGCUGAUCCGGCAGCCAGCCGUCCUGGAACACUGACGGCGCCCCCCCGAAGUCCUUUGGCGUCACCUGGACACCGACCAAGCCCCCCAUCUCCUGGACGAUGGCGACCCCUCCCCCAACCUUCUCUAGGCGCCAGCGCAGGCCGGAGGACCCCUGGAAAGGAGGCUGACACCCCGGAUUUUAUGGAGACGGCCACACGCCCUCCGCUUCUCCUUGGACUGGGAGGACUGGUACUUUACUGUUCUUUGGGGGGACUCCGAAGUCACCUCCCCACCAUGAUCUGCCUCUGGCCACCCGGCAGGUGACAGGCAGAAUGAGGGCUCCUAUGGGGCCUCAGAUGGGGACCUCCCGUUCUCUUCCCCCCCCCCGCCCCCGCCUCCGUGAGUACCCCAGAGUUCCCGGAGGCCACCCAGGGUGAGGGUCCAUUGGGCUGCAGCUUUGCGGGCUGGGCCCCACCCCUCAGGUAUCCUUCUGGAGGAGCCUGGCCACGCACCCCAGAAGCCCCUCCCCUGCUUGUCACCAAAGAGCUCCCAGGGGCCCCUAGGAGCCACGUGCCUCACUUGCGCCGUCCCCACGGCGACCCGCGGGGCCUCCCAGUCACCUCAUCUGCCCGCCACGGAGAUGGUGCCCUCCUCAGCUGAGCCUGUGGUCCCCACGCCUUCCCUGACGCCUCUAACUCCCGCCUCUGCUGUCUGUCCCGGACCAUCGCCCCAGAUGCUCCUGUCCCUUACCUUCUUAUCUCUCGCUCUCACCAUGGAAGCAGGCUGCCGCCCCCCCCAGCAUUCCUCAACAUGCAGCUGGGAUCCCCAAGAUCGUUACCAUGGAGAAGAGACUGAUGUAUGAGGUACCAGAACACCUGUGCCCCUCUGCUUACCCCCUCCAAGUCCCGCACCUCCAAGCUGUCUCUAUAGAGACAGUCUCCAUAGAGACUGCCCACGCCAUCCCCAUGGCAACAAACCUCCCGGCUCUCAGGAACUUCUUACACACCCCACGACUGACAUCGCCCCUUCAAAUGGGCCCAGCCCGAGGUAGCAUCUUCAGACCCCACUGGACCCACCUGCUGCCCUGGACAACAGCUCGGCAUGAGAUGCCCCAAACCACGUGUUGGCUCUGCCUGGCCACAAAUGCACAAAGCUGGGUUCCGGGUCUCUCUGCACAGGGCACCCACUUCCCGGGCCCCCUCCUCGCAGACCGCCCCUCUUCUUCCAAGAUCCUCUCCCCAUUUACCUCCUUAGAGAUUCAGGAGACAUGGAAUGUCUUCAAACCUCAAGUCUACCCAGUCCCAGGUUCAAAGGAGCGAUUCCUGCACGUGCAUGUGUGUGUGUGUGUGUGUGUGUGUGUGUGUGUGUGUAAUGAGCUCACUCGGGGGCCCCCCUGGAGCUUAGCUUGCCACUCCAGCUCUGGGGACCCACCUCUGAGUUUGGGGCCCACAGGGCUCUGGUUUGAAUGCUGCUUCUGUGGUCAAGCGUCCAUAGCCGAGUCUGGACCAUCUUUGCAUUGGACCAGUCCCGAGGCCCAGAAGGGCAGAGCUUAUGGCCAGACCUCAGUGAAACUCCGUGUCAGUUUGUUUCUUGAAUGAGAAAGUGAGACAGUGGGUGGCUGGCUGGUGUGUGCGAAUAUGCUUCAGUGAACAGGGUGUCCUCCAGCUGGGGGAGCAUGGUGAUGGGGGAGAUGCCACACCCCACUCGGCACUCUCUCUCCUGUCCCCCACCCAGCCCCCACUCUCCGGCCUGAACUGUGCCAUCUGUCUCGCCCUUCUUGGCCCUUGAGCAGCAUUGUCAUCCUCUGGGGGGCUGGGAUGUUGCAUGAGCUUCUUGGGGUGGCUGGGAUGUCCCCAUUUCUGGAGCAACCGUGGGGGCAACGUGUACGGCCUGCAUUGAUGAGUGAAGUGGGUGCCGGGCUGAACCCCUUGAAUGUGACAUGUCCAGAAGACACUUCCUGCUGGGGCUGUCCGGCCUUUGGUUAAAUGCUAGGGUCCAUCUGGAUCUUGCUUCUUUGGCCACGUGUGUAGAGAUGAGUGGGUGAGGAAGCGGGGGGUCAUGGCCUGACCUUUGCCCUGCGGGACUGUAUUCUUCCUUCUCCCCCUGGGCACAGCAGCCUGGGAACCGGCACCGAAGUUGAUCCUUCUAGCUGAGCCAAUGAGAGCUGCAGCACCUCUUCCUGAACAGCCCUGAUUGGUUCAGGGUGAGACCCAGACUGACCAAUGGGACCUAGAAUUGGACGGGCCUGUGAAAGGAGGGGGCCAUCCCCCUGUCCCUCUGUCAGGCUGUCACUCUGGGGCUUGCGGGGCAGGCAUAGGACCCGGUUUACGAGCUGAGGGCUAGUAACCCUCCCCGAAUCCUGUAUUUCUUUCUUUUUUUUUUUUUUUUCUUUUUUGGGUCACACCCAGCGAUGCACAGGGGUCACUCCUGGCUCAUGCACUCAGGAAUUACUCCUGGCGGUGCUCGGGGGACCAUAUGGGAUGCUGGGAUUCGAACCCGGGUCGGCCGCGUGCAAGGCAAACGCCCUACCCGCUGUGCUAUCACUCCAGCCCCCUGUAUUUAUUUCUUUUUAAACAGAUUCUUUUUGACUGCUGUUUGCUUUAGUUUGGGCCAGGUAGGUGCUUAGGAAUCACGUGGUGCCCUGCUCGAACCCAGGCCUCCAGCGAGCAAAGUAUGUUGCAGCUCAUUAAGGCAACUCUUAGCCUCCCCUUUUUGCCCCCCCUUUUUGGAGGAGGGGUCAGGGGGAGAGAGGACAGCGCGUUUGAACCCAGAGCCUCACAUAGUUUAGUUCCCGGAAGCUCCAAGAUUUCUCACACGUGCUCCUGGAGACUUUCUGAGUUCCUUCAAGCAGACACAUGGAAAUAUUGGCCCCGUUUGCACAGAUGACAGGGGCGAAUUCCCAUGGCUGGGUGUGGAACUCAUCAAGAAGGCCCUGCCUGAGUUCCUUGCCAGCACAGCCACACAGAAAACCACCCAGAACACAAUUCGCCAGGGUCCAGGGAUUGUCAACCGCUGCGCUUUCCGAGGGGCUAGGGGCUCUUAGCCGUGCAGCGCCAGCCUUCCCUUUGGGCUGGCUUUCGGCCUCCUUAGGAAUCAUUUAGGCAUGGGGACCCCACCCAGCAAUGCUCAGGGUUUACUCCUGGCUCUGAGCUCAGGGACCACUCCUGGCGGGGUUUGAGAGACCAUAUAGGGUGCUGGGGAUUAAACCAGAGGGGGGUUAAAGUAAGGCGGGCACCAUCCCCGCUGUCUUCCUGCCCCUGUGCGAGUCGCUUUGCAGUGGCUGAAGGCUGAGUGACAUUUUCUAUGUUCACCGCACUGGGUAACCUAACCGGUGCCUCUGAUCCUUUCCACCGUUUCUCUCCCCCAGACCUCCUCCCCGUCAGCACCUCCUCCCCCGCCUGCCUCACGCCCCAGCAACUUCUGAUCCACUUUCUGUUCUGUGGAUCCCCUGUCUUGAUAGUUGCUAUAAAUGGAAUCUUACAAAAUGUG